AUGGCGUACUUGCCCUUCAGUCAGUGGCUGCUCAUCCUGGCCGUGCUCGACGGACCCCUCGGGUGCUUCGGAGACGAUGAGCCGACGGCCACGCGCGUCGCAUCCUUUAUGGUGAUUGGGGAUUGGGGCUAUGACGACGUGGCGCACGGAAAUGUGGGUCGGUACUGCCAGGGCGUGAUCGCCGGCCGGAUGCACCAGGAGUUCACCGAACUGGGGGAUGUGAAGUUUGUCAUCAAUGUUGGCGACUCGUUCUACCCGGGUGGUGUCACAAGCAAGGACGACUCGGCGUGGCACCACAAAUGGCACAAUGUCUACUCCUCAAGCGUGCGCAGCGUGCCAUGGUACAGCGUCUAUGGCAACCAUGACAUGCUGUACGACCCCGGCGCCUGCAGCAGUGAUGAGGAGAAGGCAGGGCAGAUCAACUACGACCUGGCUGACUUGGACCACUUCUUCAUGCCCGGCUACUCUUGGUACUUCAAGCACGAGGACCUCGACUUGGAAAUCCUGGCUCUGGUUCCUUGGAUGAGCAUGUGA